AUGUUGUUUUUGAUGAUCGAUCAAUUGCGGCCAUGGGAGACUCUCCAAUGUAUUAUGAUCCAGAAGUCAGGCGAAGCAGAAACAGAAGCAGAGGAGGUUGAAGAACGAAAAGAAGAAGAGGAUUCAAUGACAAGCCUGAAUGACGAGAAGUUGAAGAAAUACCUCCAUGGAAGAGGUGAGAGUGUAGACGAUGGUCGUGGUACAAAGUGGAUCUUCAAGAACAAGACAGAUGAUGCUGGAAGCAUUGUACGAAACAAGUCAAGACUUGUUGCGCAAGGUUACUCACAAGUUGAAGGAGUCGACUUUGAUGAAACCUUUGCCCCUGUAGCUCGUCUUGAGUCUAUCAGACUGUUUCUAGGGAUGGCAUGCAUAUUGAACUUCAAGGUGUAUCAGAUGGAUGUGAAGAGUGCUUUCUUGAAUGGCAUUCUACAAGAGGAAGUAUAUGUAGCCAACCGAAGGGGUUUGAAGAUCCUACACAUCCUGAGUAUGCUACGUCAGAGGAACUGUGGACAAAACUUGUUCACACUUGAGAAGAAGAAUGAGAUGAUGAUGGUGCAGAUCUAUGUAGAUGAUAUCAUCUUUGGAGGAACUUCAGAGAAGCUGGUGGAAAACUUUGUGAAGAGUAUGACUAAGGAGUUCAAGAUGAGCAUGGUGGGAGAGUUGAAGUACUUUCUUGGACUUCAAGUGAAUCAGACUGAGAAAGGAAUCUUUAUUUCUCAAAGCACCUAUGCCAAGAAUCUACUGGUGAAGUUUGGUCUUGACAAAUGCAAGGAGGCAAGAACACCAAUGAGCACCACGACAAAGAUUGGAAAGGAUGAACAAGGAGAAGAUGUUGAUGUGAAGCUCUACAGAGGAAUGAUUGGAAGCUUGCUUUACCUUACAGCAAGUCGACCUGACUUAAGCUUCAGCGUUGGAGUUUGUGCGUAUCAGGCCAAACCAAAACAGUCCCAUCUUCAAGCGGUGAAGAAGAUCUUGAGGUAUGUCAAGGGAACUGUCAAUCUGGGGAUCUUUUACUCCAAAGGAUCCAACAGAAAUCUUGCUGGAUAUUGUGACGCCGAUUGGGCAGGAUGCGCAGAUGAUCGGAAAAGCACAAGUGGAGGUUGUUUCUUCCUUGGGAACAAUCUUAUUGCUUGGCUUAGCAAGAAGCAGAAUUCUGUGUCACUAUCUACUGCAGAGGCUGAGUACAUUGCAUUGGGAAGCUGCUGCACACAGCUUAUAUGGAUGAGACAGAUGUCAGCCGAUUAUGGGAUGGAGUCUGGACCCUUCUUGGUCUACUGUGACAACAAAAGCGCCAUCGACAUAUCAAAGAAUCCGGUGCAGCACUCAAGGACUAAGCACAUUGACAUAAGACACCACUUUGUUCGUGAAUUGGUGGAAGAAAAACAGAUUUUGUUUGGAGUCAAAGGUGCCAAUGAGGAUCAGCUACUUUGUCAUGCCGUCAUGUCACCUCAACAUAAGAAAAGUGAAAACCGUCAGAUCUACAAGCCAGCAAUCUCCAAGCACUGCCGUCGACGAGCGACUGAAGUAGCGACCACUACAUCUCUGGUAGUGACCACCGAUGGUGUUUCUGAACCAGCAGAGCCGGAGGUCAACCGUUUCGAACUACAACGAAGUAGUCUUCUCAAAUCGAGAAGCAGCCAUCGAUUGAUCCGCCAUCUGACACAGAGCCAGAGGUUUCGUCAAAUCAGAGAUGCAGUGUUCUCUCGGAAGGAACAAGAGAGUUCUUCAGGAAACAGGUCCCUUCGGAGUUUCACUGACAUAGUUCAAUCUGCAAGGGGGAGAAUAGGAUGUAUCAGAGAACGAAAACUAGGAUCUAAGCUAGAAUUGUGGGGGAGCAAGACUUUUGAUCUUGUGCUUGAGAGACACAAAGCUAAAAAGGGGGAGAUUGAAGAUGCAACUGGUUUGACGCAGAUCGUGAAUCAGUCAGGAAGUGCAUCAGGACGUAUGGACGGACUUGUAGCGGAGCUAAGUGGAGCUUAA